GGGACCUGGGCAGGGCGGGAGGGCCCCGCGAGCCCGCUCGCCCACACUCACACCGCAGCCGCCGCGGCCGCGGCAGGAACCGAAACCGAGAGCGGCCGAGCUCGGGCCUCGGCUGGAGCCUCCCGUCGCGGCCGCUCGGAACCGGUGCCCGGGACGGGCCGCCCUCGGAACGCAGGGCGAACGCGGAUCUGCACCUCCCUGCAGGUGCCCGACCACCUGACGCGAUGACGAACCUAACAACCGUGCCUUCUCCAGGAGAAGAACUGAUGAGCACCCCAAUUCUACGGCCCACUGAGGCCCCGUCCCCAGAAGCUGAAGCCAGCACAGCACUCAUUGCAGUUGUCAUCACCGUGGUCUUCCUCACCCUGCUCUCUGUCGUGGUCCUGAUCUUCUUUUACCUGUACAAGAACAAAGGCAGCUACGUCACCUACGAACCUGCCGAAGGCGAGCCCGGCGCCGUCCUCCAGAUGGAGAGUAACUCUGCCAAGGGCAAGGAGAAGGAGGAAUACUUCAUCUAAUGGUUCCCGGGCCCCAAGGAGCUCAUCCAGGCUCCAGUGCUGACACACUAUUUAUUAGGUGAGAGUUUUAUCUGAAACCGAUGAGAAGCAUCCAUCGCUGUGGGCAGACCAGAGCUCCUUCCAGGACCCAGGCCCAAAUGCCAGCAUCACAGACGCCAGGGCCCAGAGACCUGGAGAAAGCGGCUCAUGAAGUCUCGAGCCGGACCUUUGUCAUACAGCUAGUGUUUGUGAUUGAGCGACGAGGUGGAGCCGUACCAAGCAGCCCCCGGGUACUGCCUGGCCAUCGUCACUUUCUCCACAGCUCAGAGGGAAGGAGAGUUGGGGGUCACUGGUUGCUCCUGCGUUCCCUAUCUGGUCACCUAGUGACAGCCCGAGUGCAAAUAGUGUCCCCUGGAAGCUCCUCCCAGAGGCUGGAGCCCACAGUGAAAGGCCAGGCCGGGAGGGGCAGGAGGGCCGUGAAAAACGUCACUGCUGAGGGGCGGGCCACCUCCCUUAACCUGAGCCCUUCCUUCCCACAGUCCCCGGCAACCCAGACGUAGGCUGUUUUUAUCGGAAUUAAAAAUUUUUAUUGAUACAGAAA